AUGACAACCUCCAGCCAUCACCCGUCGUCGCCCCCGUCCAUCAAGGCCUUGAACAUCCUUCGAGCCUCCGUUUCGGGCCCAUUCCCAGCAGACAAACCCUCUGCGCCUCCACUCGAGUUCAAUCUCGAAGUGAUAGAGUCGACUCCGACGACGGAUCAAUUAAAGACAAUCUUGUCUUACCUUCCGUCCAAAGCCGCUUCACCGUCGUUGGUGUUUCUCUCUACUCACCCAUCAGCAACGGAGCGUCCAGAUACGGUUUCAGGAAUUGUUGAGUUAGGACAGAAGAACUCGAACGCUCUGAAAUGGCCUAUAGUCGUGGACUGGAAUGAUGGGAAGGCAAGUGUCGGGGAUGUGGAAGGUGUGAAGGGGAUAUUAGAAAUUCUUAGGAAGAAGAGAGAUGGGGAGUUGAAGGAUGAAGAGGUGGAUCAGCCAAAAGGAUGGUUCUCUUGAAUCCCGAAAAGCAGGACAAUGAAUUUUCCAAGAAAGAACUUUUGUAACAGUGAUGUGUCAUCAACCUUCAAAAUAUUAUCAGAGCUGACAUUCCCGA